AUGAGCAUACUGCAGCAACUGCAGAGGGUGACUCUCAACACGUCCAUCCGCGCAGCAUCCCCCCUCGCAAAGGCUCUGCCCCCUAAGCUUCUUCCGGCAACCGCACGCUGGGGCAGCACGGCACACGCUCGCACCGCCGCCGACAUGCAGGCCUGCAACAGGCUCAAGACGGCCUUUGGCGAGGGCAGGCAGUCCAUGGGCAUGUGGCAGAUGCUGCCCGGGGCCAAUGUCUCGAGACUGCUCGCGCGCUCGGGCGUCGACUGGGUGCUGGUCGACUGCGAGCACGGCAAUAUUGACGAUGGUGCCAUGCACGACGCCGUCCCGGCCAUUGCCGCCCUCGGCGUCUCUCCGCUCGUCAGGAUCCCAGACAUGCAGUCGUGGAUGGUCAAGCGUGCCUUGGACGCAGGAGCUCACGGGAUCCUCGUGCCUUUGUUACGAACGCCCGAGCAGGCCAGGGAGCUCGUCCAGGCCGCAAAGUUCCCCCCCAUGGGCCGGCGCGGCUACGGCUCGCCCUUGAGCGCAGGACGCUUCCACCCCAUGCCGACCUUUACGGAGUACCUGCAGCAGGCCAACGACGCGCUCCUGACCAUGGUCCAGAUCGAGACCAAGGAGGCUCUCGAUUCCAUUGACGAGAUUGCUGCAGUCGAGGGCAUUGACGUGCUCUUCGUUGGGCCCUUUGACCUUGGAAACAACAUCGGCCACCCGAUUCUGAAUGGUGUCGUCGCCCCCGAGCUCAAGGCCGCCAUUGGCAAGAUUCUCGCGGCGUGCCGAAAAGCCGGCAAGAAAUGCGGCAUCUACUCAGUCGGCGGCGAGCAGGCAAAGCAAUUCGCAGACGAGGGCUUCGACAUGAUUAGCGUGGCGGCCGACUAUACCGCCUUGGAAUUUGCCUUCAAGCAGCAGCUGAGUAUCGCGAAAGGCGAGCCCCAGCCGUCCAAGAAGGGGACGUACUGA